GAAUUUUUGCUACGCGCUGGUGCCGAGCUGACCGCGUUUGACGGAGAGAGAAAAAGUGCCUCGCAUUUGUCAGUCGAGAGUGAAUACUUCGGCACGGAAAUAGUGGAACUGCUAUUAGCGCAUGGCUCACCUGUCGAUAUGAUUGAUGUCAACAACAUGACACCAUUGCAUUGUACAGUACAGUACAAUCGCAGAGACAUUGCGAGCGUACUUCUUCAAAACGGGGUGGCUAUUGACUUCGGAGUUCAGAGGAGGAGCUGGACGCCAAGGCGCCGGCAUGGAUCUACUGUGUACGAACUGAGCCAUGCAGAUAUAGCUCAAGAGCUUUACACAAGCGAUCUCAGAGGUUUGACUCCGCUCCAUUUUGCAGCGUUAGUCGGCGAUGCAGAGAUGACGGAAUUCUUUCUCAGUCAAGGUGCCGAUCCUAAUGCACUCUCACACUAUCGAGAAACACCACUACAUCUUGCGCUCUCCAAGAGCAUCCAGGGGUCGAAGUAUGAAGAUGCAUGGAAUGAGGCUCGUUGGAGACUGGAAGAUUUGUGGGAUGUUGUGGAGCUCUAUGACGAGGACGUACAAGAGGAAGUAGCCACUCAAAUUACUAAAACGCGAAGAGCUGUGGUCGAGGCGCUUCUCAGAGAUGAUAGAACCAACGUCACAUUGCAGGAUGCUCAAGGUUUA